AUGCUCGAUAGCCUUGUAGUGCCUAAUAAGUCCAACGAUGCCUUGAAAAAUGAUGCGAACAAUAGGGAUUCAAUUUUUUGCGACUACUACUCGAAUCGUCAAGGAAGCUUUUCCAAUCGCAGGUUGAGGGAUUUUUCCAGUAUUUCGGAAACUUUAAAGUUUGUAGAGCAUUUGGAUUUAUCUCGAAACUUCAUCACAAAUAUUCCGAGUGGAAUCGAACAAUAUAGAUUGCUUACAACUUUGGAUUUAAGUUUCAACAAAAUUUUUUCUGUCCCAAAUUCGCUAUGCAAACUACCGAGCCUUCGGAUUUUGUUAAUGUCUAACAACUAUUUGUCUUCUCUUCCUGCGAAUAUUUGUGAACUUCAAAACUUGCAAGAGCUGGAUUUGUCAUUCAACAGGUUUAAACACUUUCCUUCUUCGAUUUGCUCACUUCACAGUUUAAAAGUUUUACUAUUAGGAUGUAACCUGAUUGAAACGCUUCCAGAAGACAUAGUUGGUCUUCGUUGUUUGAAGAUUUUGGACUUGCAUUCAAACGGAGUAAAGCAACUACCUUUGAGCAUUAGAUUUAUGUGGUGUUUAGAGAGGUUAUCUCUAGAGGAAAAUCCCCUAUCCCCUCCCCUUUUAACUAUUGUUGCUCGUGGGAUCCCAUACAUAUUUGCAUUUUUAAAUCAACAAGCUUUAUGCAAUUCUAAUAAUACAAGUUGCGAAAAAUUUCAUGAUUCGUUAACUCAAUCGUCUUCUGCUCAGGUAACAAAUACUUCAAAUCAACAGAAUAUGAUGAAACUUUCUGAAAGUCAGGAUGUGAAAUCAAACUCUUCUAGUCCAUGUUUUGAGAAAACCGAGGUAAAUACGGAUUCUGACCAAAGAUACAUAUCGAAAUCUGAAAUUACAAAUCCUUCGUUGACAAUUCAAAACUUUACUUAUUCAACAACAAAUAACAAGAAUGAACAAUUUGAUAAACCAAAUGCUAAACUACACUCAAAUGACUAUAAUUGUAUUGAGAAUUUUAGUCAUAAUGUAUCAACACAAUCUUGUAUAAAUGAAACAUUGAAAUCUGGAUCGUCAUUUAGUUCUUUAUCAACUGAUGAUAAUGAAUCACUAACAAUGAAUAUGUAUUCUUCUGCUUAUGAGAAUGUUAUUCUUGAUAAGAAUGAAAAUGAAGUUUUCUAUUUAACAUCAAAUAUUUCACAACAAUUGACACAAACUAUCAAUAAUUCCCAAGUUACGCAACCUAUCUCUCCCGGCAAUGACAAUACAAAGAAGGCAAUAGUAUCAACGGUUCUGAAUGGGAACGAUUCAGCAGUAGAGUCUUCAGUAGUACAAACAGUCAGCAGUUAUAUCAUUAGAAAUGAAACACCAUGUAAUGUUUGUGAACCAACUAAAAAUGGUCAGAUUAAAGAUUGUCCAACAAAUCAUUCUUCUUUUAAAUACGAUCGACGUGAUAAAGGUGGUCCCAUUUCUAGUCAUACUCGGUUACGUUAUUCUAAACGUCAACAGAUAGAACAUGAUAGAAAUGUUCAUAGUAGUUCUGGUUAUAUAACACCAGAUUCAUAUUUAUCAGAAAAUUGUAAUAGAUCUCAAACAAAUGGAUAUCAUAGUCAAAAUUUCAAUCAAUACCAUAAUGAUAAAAAGUUGAUUAAUCAAAGAAAUCAUACACAACUAUUAUAUCAUCCUCAUAAAAAUAGUUUAUAUAAUGAAGAUAUAUCUAAUAAAAUAACACAUGUUGGUGUUGCUUUGUGUAUGCCUUCAGAAUGUACUUUAAAAUUACCUAAAAACUUUCAAACUUCAUAUAAUUAUCAACCACAAACAAAUACACAUUGUCAAGAUUCAAGUAUAACAUUUUCUACUGAUUAUUCAAGUGAAGAUGUCAGUAGAAAAAGUGAAAUUCGGAAUAUAGAUACAUUGAAGUAUAUGAAAAUGAAUUCACAUAAGGAUACUGUUAAAUGGGAGGAAUUAAAUUCUGAUGAUUUAAUAAGAAUUAAUCAAUUAAGAACAAUAAUCGAUAAAGAAUUAAAUAUUCGUCUACCAAUUAAUCCAAAACACUUAAUUAUUGAAUUGAGUACUGGUGUUAUUUUAAUUCAGUUACUAAAUAAAUUUAUCGGGACAACAUCAACUAUCAAAAUCUGUUUACCUAGAAAUGAUCAGCAUCAUAAUAUGUUAAAUGAAGUAGUCAAAUCUUAUCGUCGAAAUUUAAGACGUUGUCGUGAAUCAAUAUAUCGUUAUGGUGUACCUAAAGAAUAUCUAUUUACCACUGAAUCCAUUGUAAAUCCUCAAAGUGCUGAUGGUUUAUUAUCGUUGGCUAAUUCCAUUUCUAUUUUAUACAAGUUACACAAUAAUAAUAAUAAUAAUAAUAAUAAUAAUAAUAAUAAUAAUAAUAAUAAUACAAAAUCUCCCAUAAAUGCUUCUUCAUCUAAUCAAAUUCAAAAAGAUUUUGAUAUAAACGUAGAAAAUCAAUAUAAUACCAAAUGUGCACAAAAUCGAUUCACAUCCUCCGCUAUACAGCAACAAUAUUUACAAAAAAAUCAAUAUAAUAAUAAUAAUAAUAAUAAUAAAACAAUCAAUCAUCAUAGAAUAUAUCAAAUGAAUAUUUGGUCAAAUUAUUUAUGCUCAGAUGUGUAA